AUGUCGGACCCUAAUCGUCCACCUUUUUUCUCUUAUGGAUCUUUCCCCUCGUCCGAAUAUCAGGAGAACGAUCCUGCAUUCAACGACUGGUCAUCACACCCCUUCCCACAACCACCCUUUGGAGCCCAGCUCAAUUAUGAGACACCUCCUGGAUAUGGUGACAACCCCGCAGGCUCUCAUGUUGGCACUGGAGAGCGUUCUCUGAACUCCAAGGUUGCCAUACCCCGGUCAGCCAACCCGAGUAGCUGGACCAGCAGCGGGCGAGUCAGUCGAGCGUGCGAAAAUUGUCGCGAGCAAAAGGCCAAAUGUAGCGGACAUCGUCCAACCUGUCAGCGAUGCCAGGAAUCGGGAAUUCGGUGCUCCUAUGGCGACCGCAAGCGAGAGAAGAUGGCCAAAUUAGAACCACAAUCUGCGCAGCAUGUUGAACAAGUCAUGAACGAGCUAAAUCCCGACAAUGACCACUUCACCGGUCAGGAGGCUUCCACGCCGUCAUCCACGAUCAGGCUUUCGGAUACGGCUCGUGUCUCGAGCCCUGCUGCUUCUAGCCCAGGUAUCUCACUGGGGGUUCUCGACCACACCAGCGAAGAUUUCAAUCGCGACGAGAAAAUUCAGGCCAUGGGCUUUGUCGGAGAACAUUCCGAGAUUGCUUGGAUGUACCGCUUGAAACGACUGCUCGAACAGACCAGCCCCAUCACCCAGCAGGAAAAUCCAGAUCGCCACUCGGUAGCUUCAGCGAAUUUCUUCCUCGACGACUCGGAUAUCCCGGUACUGGAUGAUGUUGAUGUCUCGCAACGGCCCUCGCAGACAGUUGCGGAUCGACUCGUGGAUGAUUAUUUUCAAGUUGUACACCCUUCCUUUCCAAUCGUUGGCAAAGUUUAUUUUUUGAGACAAUAUAGGUCGUUUUAUUCGGCUGCCUAUGUACGUCCAGGGAAAAAGUGGCUCGCAAUACUCAACCUGGUGUUCGCUAUUGGCGCACGAUAUUCUCGCUUUAUGCAGAGCGGCAAUGAUACGCCAUCAGACGAUGGCACGGUCUACUUCUCACGAGCUUGGCAGCUCAGCAUGAGCGAUGCUGCGUUGUUGGACCAUCCAAAUCUACAACAGGUGCAGGUGGAGGGCUUGACAUCGUUCUACCUCUUAUCUGUGGGACAGGUAAAUCGGUCCUGGAGAAUAUGUGGCAUCUCAUUACGCUCCGCGGUUACGAUGGGUUUGAAUCUCCGGAGUGAAGGUAACGCGAUAGCCCAUGUGUCCAAAGAGACUCGAUAUCGAGUCUGGUGGUCUCUUUACAUGUUGGAUGUGUCCCUUUGUGUGAUGACUGGCCGUCCACCGAGCAGCACCGACGAAUUCCGCACGACGCCUUUGCCAGUCCCCUUCAAGGAAGAAGAUUUCUCGGAUGAUCGAGUGGUCCAACUUAUCGCCGACCAGGAGGCCCGGAACGUUUUCAUGGAGGCUCUGUCGGCCAUGGGUUCCGCACAAAGCAGGACGGAGGCGAUUUCGGUAUCAACACCCGAGACGGCCGAGCAGCCCUUGUUCAGCUCGAAUCGAGAAUGUGAUCAGGUCGCGUCCAGUGCCAUUGAUUUUCUGACGCCCAACAUCUCUCUAUAUUUCCUCUACCAAGUCGAGCUCGGAUUGAUCGUACGAGAAACCAUCGAUACCUUGUAUGCUCCCGGAGCCGCGAGGAAAUCGUGGCGGGAGAUUGAGAUGGCGAUCUCUGCCUUGAACGUCAAAGCUGACACCUGGCUCUCCAAACUUCCGCCAGCGUUCCACUUUAGGCAUGGCACUCGCGUGUUCGAACAGCAGCGGUCAACUCUCGCGUUUCGCUUCUACAGCACUAAGAUUAUCAUCGCUCAGCCUUGUCUGAGCCACCUCACUCGGCAGGCUCCAGGUACCGAACCCCCGGGAACUUCCUGUGAGGUGAUGGCGGCCGAGUGUGUGGAUUUCGCCUGUCAUAUGCUUGAUCUCCUCCCAGCGGCGCCCGACGCGUCCUGGGUCUACCGCGUCUCUCCCUGGUGGAACGUCUUGCAUUAUCUCAUGCAAUCCAUGGCCGUUCUUCUGACCCAAUUACUGCUCCGGGCAGAUGUCGGUUCCGCCAAAUACAACACCGUGCUGGAAAAAAUAUACAAAGCGACGCAUUGGUUAUCGGAAAUGUCGGUCAACGACCCAUCGUCUCAGCGGGCGUGGCUCGUCUGUCACCAUUUCAUCUCCCAUUACGCGCCCGCGGUGGAUAUUGGAGCUGCCCCCGUACGCCACAAAAAUUAA